UUGCACCAUGGAAAACACCGUCUCCGAUCCCUCUCGAGCCUGUGACGAGCCCCCAUGCUCCAGAGUUAUAAAAAAAAAAAGAAAAGAAAACAGCGAUAAUCUAAUUCCCAUCUUCUCUCCGGGCGGGGGAGAAGGAUCACUCGCCAUGAAUCCCUCGGCCACUGUCCCCGCCUCCUCCUCCUGGCUCGCCGGCCUCGUCCGCGGCCGCUCCAUCAAGUCCGCCGCCGGCUCCGGCAACGGCGCCUCCUCGAUCCCCGCCGAUUCCGAAGGCCUUGGCCUCGGCUCCCGCAAAAACCAGCUCCGCGGCGUUCUCUUUAAGUACGGCCCCAAGCCUGUACAGGUGGCAUUCAAAACCGGUGAUUUCAACCAGCAAGUUAUUUUUAUUGGUGGAUUGACAGAUGGACUUUUGGCAACUGAGUAUUUGGAACCUUUGUCAAUUGCUUUGGAGAAUGAGAAAUGGUCCUUGGUGCAACCUUUGCUCUCUUCGUCCUACGUUGGAUAUGGCACUUCCAGCUUAGAACAAGACUCAUUGGAGAUAGAUCAGCUUAUUAGUUACUUAAUAAAUAAGGAAAACUCAGAGGGUGUUGUGCUGCUUGGGCACAGUACUGGUUGCCAGGAUAUCGUGCAUUAUAUGCGUACAAAUUUUGCAUGCUCUAGAGCAGUUCGUGGAGUCAUUUUACAGGCCCCAGUUAGUGACCGGGAAUACAGAGCAACUCUUCCUGAAACUGCUGCAAUGAUAGACUUGGCAGCAAACAUGAUAACUGAAGGUAGGGGAAUGGAAUUAAUGCCCAGGGACGCAAACCCAGAUGCUCCAAUCACUGCCUACAGGUACCACUCGCUUUGUGCGUACAUGGGGGAUGAUGAUAUGUUCAGUUCAGAUCUUAAUGAGUAUCAAUUGAGAAUGAGACUUGGUCACAUGUCCAGUACACCUUGCCAGGUUAUUUUCUCCCUGGCUGAUGAGUAUGUGCCAGACUAUGUUGAUAAGAAAGCGCUGGUAGAAAGAUUGUGUCAGGCUUUGGGAGGUGCUGAGAAAGUUGAAAUAGAAUGGGGAAAUCAUUCGCUCUCUAAUAGGGUACAAGAAGCAGUUCAGGCCAUCCUAGAUUUUGUAAAGAGGGAAGGACCGAAAGGGUGGGAUGAUCCAUGGAAUUAGAUUUCUAUUUUUUCUUUUUUGAUAUAUAUUUUUUUUCUUGAUUAGAUUGCCAGUUUUCUUUUUCCAUGUAUAACUUUUUCUCCAUUUUCCAUUUCACUCUACUAUUUUUUUUUUUAAUCUAAUGCAGAUUUCAUUACCCGAUUGUAUGUUAAUAUGUUAAUUUAUGCUUUUCUUUUGAUUAAAUUUGCCAGCUACUCGAAUUUAAGUACAAGUC